AAACGCUGAACGUCUGGCGUGGUUCUAACAGGCGUCAUUUUUAUGUCGCGUAGUUUUACCAUAGAGUGGUAGUCGUUCGAACGGUAAAGGAUUUUUACCUUUUUUUUCUCGAUGGAAGUCAGCUUGAGUUUGAGAAAGGAGAAAGUAAAUCACGUUUCAGGCUUCUUCAACGCGAUGUCGAGGAGAUCGUGGUUUGGUUACAACGAUGCGAAGACAAACCGGUUCUUGAUUGUUUUGAUCUUCGGAACGCUGAUAUGCCGUGUCGGAGGAGACUUUCCGUGCAAAUCAGAACAGAUACACUGGAAUGGCACAACUCAGAAAAAAUACAAAUGCAUAGAUUGUCCUGACUGUCCCGUGGGAUCAGAGAUUUCUGUGCCAUGUGGUACAUCAGUAAAAUACGGGACACCCAUUCAUUGCGUUUCGUGCCAACUGGGUAAAACAUACUCAGAAGAAUAUGACAAAGCGCAGUGCAAGGCAUGCACAAUAUGCUCUACAGGGAAAGCACUGGUCAAGAACUGCACCCUGGUCUCGAACACUCAGUGCAGCACAGAGUGCCAGAAAGGCUUUUAUUCUUUUCCGUUUAGUUUUGCCUGUUGGCCUUGCUCGAAUUGUUGCCAUGAUGGUAAAGAUGAGCUUCCAAAAGAGUGCAGCGGAAAUUAUCUGAAGAAGUGCAAAAUGCGUUCAUCGCCCUGUAGUUAUGUGCACAGCACAAAUACCCCGGGCACAACUGCCAAGAGGAUUCCCUGGGGUCCCACACAGAUGUCAUUGCAAAGAGAUGCACCGACACCCUUUCCAACCAAGGAAGGAGAAAAGGUUACAUCGCCAGCAUUUUCCACUUACUCAGUGGAGUUUCCUAGAUCUAGGAUCGACCAAUCCAUAACCACCACCAAAUCGACAAAGUCUCCGAAAGAGGGGAGUGGAAAUGAAGUGCUCCUUAUUCUUUCCGAAGUAGGUGCAGCGCUUGGAAUUACAUUCCUGUUUGCUCUAACAAUGAUGAUGGCUCGUCAUAGAUGGUUCUGCGGGCCUUGUUUCCUCAGGUGGGCAAAAUCAGAGAAUUCAGUCCAGUUUCCACCGACACAAAUCGAGGUGAAGCCAACUUCAUCACAAGAGGAACUCAGGCCCGAUGAUGUAACCUUGGAGGAACUGGAAAAAAACAACUUGGAUUUGUUUGAUUGGGUUUGUACCCGGCUUGAUAACGAAAGAUCAGGUUUUCGGCGAGACUACGAGCGUUUGGCUGCUAAAUACAAACUAAUUUCCCUGGAAGUACGAAAAUCCUUGAAAAAUGAGUUUAAAAGUGAAGGUGGAAGCCCUUCCAAGGUGCUGAUGAACCAGCUGCAAGCUAUGUACCCCAACCAUCCUCUUCGUUGUCUCGUAAGAAUGCUGGAAGAGAUCGGAAGAAAUGAUGUAGCACAAAAACUAGCACCCUACAGUAAAAAAAAUGUCGGAAACCAGUAUUAGCGAAUUGACGACGUUUGGCUAAGGAAAGAGUAUUUCAAGAGGCUCAGCAAAAAAAAUGAACAAAGCUUUCCAUAGGCUCUCGGAAGAGAGAAUUAAUUACAAUGAUGCUAGACCUACUGGGUGACAGACAACUUUUACAAGUAGGUGGGAUUCAUAGCUGAAAAGCAACUAUUUGUUGAGAGAUGUAUAUGCUGGGUAAGAGCUCGCAGUGUUGAAGAAGACUGACUGCGUGAACGAUUUGAUUCGUAUAAAUCUCUCUUCUUUCACCAGGGCCGGGUUUCCUUCUAAAUGAGCUAAAUUUUCUGUUUCACCUGUGUUCUGGAUAAUGUAUCUGAGUUGUAGGAAAAGGUUACACUUUGAUCACAUGCUGGAUUCAAAGAUCUCACCCACAGGAUUGCAUAACCAACUAGAGUAAAGUAAACAACGCCGGAGUAACGUUCCUUUGUCACGUAAAUCAAACGAUUACCCCUGCUGUCGAAAAAGGAGGUCUCGAGAACUAAUUGAACUAAUCUUGAAAAUUGGGGAAAUAAUAAUGAAGUAGAAUGAAAUGAAAUCCACCCAAUAUGGUUAACCAUAGAUGAUAAAAACUGAAUUUAUAUAAUUAUGAAAAUCAGAGUUAACCCGAUGACCGGAGAUGACCACAGUUGCAAAUAUAUCUAACGACGCAGGCAUUUUGUGAUUUGGUCCUUUUAGCUUGUUGUUCGAUAUAUAGUUCGAAAGCUUCAAGAGUAAUUAGUUUAAGUGAUGUGAUUUUGAUAAACUCUAGAGCUUUUGAGAAUACCUCUGCGCUUAACAUUAGCUUAAUUGGUUCGAGUCUGCGAUUCUUACUCAUUUGUGUAAAGUUUUUAGAACACAAAGCUGCCAGUACCGAGAUCAGAGGAGAAGUUAUGAGGACAUUGGUGUCCUUUUCAGUUAGGUUCACAUUUAAUUUUUCUUUUGGAGUCCCAGAGUAUUAUACUCUGUUAGAGGAAAUCGAUACACUUAACUGCCUUUAUAGAGAGUUGUGGCUAUUGGUCAGUAAGUAUGCUAAUUUAAAAGGUCCGUGUACUUUGUUGAACCACGCUUAUGUAUCUCUUGGGCUGUUUAAUGAAAAGGAGGAAAAAAAGUUCAUUAUUAAUGCCAAUCUUGAUUGAGGACGUUGAUGUGUAUUUCAGAGAGUGAGCACUACAAUUAUGCUUCUGUUUUCUCUGCGGUCAUGUGAUUGAGCUAUAUGCCUAAAUUUAAACAGCAACUGAGCGAGCGACUCACACAUCUAGCCCUGCUUGGGUAAGCACUACUGUAAGCUCAAUUUAUAUAUGUCGAGACUUCUUGAAAAUCGUUCGGCCUAGAGACCAACCAAAUACAGAGAAACAAUUCUGUUCAUGUUUAGACCUUGAUGGUUUUCCAUUCGUCAAA